GAUCCGGGAGUCAAAGGAGACAUGUGGAUCAGUCGGGUCACUGCGCCUGUGCCACUUGAGGACGACUUACGCCAACUACUUUUCAAGACGAUCGACCAAAUGAAACAAGGCGAUGAGAAAUAUACGCAACCGCCGCUGCUUCCAGUAGAAGCCGAGUGGACCGGAUACCGCGCAAACGUAGCAAAGGAUGCGCCCGAGCCAUCAAUAUCAGAAGAGCAGAAAUACGAGAAUCUCAUGAAAGAAGUCACAAGCGACUUGACUGUGCUGUAUUUCCAUGGCGGUGCCUAUUUUCUCAUGGAUCCCUCGACACAUCGUCCUGUGACUAGCAAGAUAGCCAGAAUGACCGGCGGUCGAGUAUACUCCGUACGAUACCGUUUAGCACCUCAAGCCGCCUUUCCAGCUCAGCUUCUGGAUGCUCUGGUGGCAUAUAUGUCUCUUCUUUACCCUCCAGACGACGCCUACCAUGCUGGAGUCCCACCAGAAAAAAUAGUGUUCGGUGGCGAUUCCGCUGGUGGAAAUCUGUCUACAGCUCUGCUUCAGUUCUUGCUUCAACUGCACCGAAGCUGUGCUCCUAAUGAGCUGCCGUCUGUUUCUUGGAACAACAAGAUCUGCACGAUUCCCCUGCCCGCUGGCGUAGCACUCUUCUCGCCUUGGCUGGACGUUACCCGCUCGCUACCAUCGAUCGAAGGGAACGUUAUAUACGAUUAUCUCCCGCCGCCCAGUAUCACAGAGAAGAGCACAUUUCCUCCAGACUUUGUUUGGCCCACCGAUCCUCCUAGGGUAGACUUAUUUUGUGAGGGCAGCGCACUGUGUCAUCCAUUGGUUUCUCCUCUAGCAGCAAUGUCCUGGGAAAAUUCCCCUCCUAUAUUCGUAGUCUCAGGGGAUGAGACUCUCGCGGACGAAGCUUCAGUGUUUGCGCAACGACUUGCAAGACAGGGCGUCAAGGUCGUUUGGGAUCGCUUCGAGGCAAUGCCACAUUGCUUCGCCAUGGUAUUGGAAGGUCUUGAGGGCAGUAGGAUGUGCUUCACCGAUUAUACCGACUUCUGUAAGCGCGUUAUGCAGAGUCCGGGCAGCAUCAAUAUCGAAGGAUAUUUCAUAUCCGCAAAGACCUUGGCGAAAAAACAUGUCGAUGUGGAAAACCUGGUUGAUAUCAGUGACCAAGAGGCGUUAGACAUAAUGAGAGCGGCGCAGAAGAGGAGAAUCACUGGCAAGGAGCGUGAAGGAAAGGCUCUUCCGAUGUUAUGAAUGAGCAUCGACCCUACGCAACUUUACAAGCUGUCUUGGAUCAACUGUGGGCCGAAGUGACGUUACACUUCACGCGUCCAUCAAACAUGUAAUUUUACCUCAUUUCCCCGAAUAGUUAUAGAAUUCUUUCUAAUGAGUCACCGUUU